AUGGCGAACUCAGAUUUCGACAUCAAGCAAACCUACUUGAAGUUCUUGGAAGAUGACCAGGAUAUGACAAUGCCUAUUGCGGCCAUCGAGUCGCUAGUGACAAUGCUUCGAGUGAAGCAGCCAUCCACAUCAUCAGAGUUGAUCAACCUUGUCAAAUCGAACAUCGAUAUCUUGAAGCUGUCGAUAUCCAAUGCCAUCUCGCUUUCGGCAGGCUGUGAUUUAUUCAUGCGUUUUGUCUUGAGAAACACAAACUUAUACUCUGACUGGGAGUCCUGCAAGAAGAACCUUGUGGAAAACGGUGAAUUGUUCGUGCAGAGAGCCAAAGAGUCCAGAGAAAAGCUGGCUGACUUUGGUGUGCCUUUCAUCAAAGACGACGAUACCAUCCUUGUGCAUUCCUUCUCUCGUGUGGUCUUUCAGCUCUUACAGAAGGCCAGAUCGCAAAAGUUGUUGAGAUUUAAAGUCAUCGUUACUGAAGCUCGUCCUUCAGGAAAGGGUUACCACAUGGCCAAACUACUUAGAGAAGCUGAUAUUCCUGUUGAAGUGAUUGUGGAUAGUGCUGUUGGCUAUGUGCUCCACAAAGUCGACAAGAUCCUUGUCGGUGCAGAAGGUGUAGCUGAGAGUGGAGGUAUCAUCAACCACAUUGGCUCGUACCAGAUUGGCUGCUUGGCCAAAGCAAACAACAAACCUUUCUACGUGGUCACUGAGUCUCACAAGUUUGUUAGAUUAUUCCCCUUGGCACCAAACGACUUGCCCAGAGGCAUUUCAUCUAUUCUAGACGAACAGGGCUCCGGUGAGACCGAAACAUUGGAGGGUACCCUCAAGACCCAAACCAUCGACUUCACGCCUCAUGAAUUCAUUACUGCACUCAUCACCGAUUUGGGUGUUUUGACGCCGUCUGCGGUGUCCGAGGAGUUGAUCAAGAUGUGGUACGAUUAA